AAUUAAUGAUAUUCUACCUGAACUUCCUUGUUCUUCAUUGAUUAGGUGAUGACAUGAAGUGAAAACACAUUAGCUAGUCAAAUCUAUAUCGCAAGAGGCACAUACACUGUAGAUAAGCCUUAGAGGAAAGGAUGGGGCAUCACAAUAGAUUAUGCAUAUAUGCAUCUUAUUCAGGAGAUUGUAUGCAUGACCAUCUAUAAGACACGACGUAAAAAUUAUAUUUACUGCUUGCAUCUUUGUUUGUUUCUUUUCUGGCAUAGUAGUUUAGAAUCUCGCGUAAGGGGAACCUAAAUCGACCUAGUUUUAAAUUCUUGCAUUGCACAUUCUAAUUCAAUUGGUUAGAUUUGAGUAGUUACUAUUAAAAGACCCUGUGGAACACGACCCUAAGCAUAUCUAGGAUUUUUAUCACUUGUAUGUUUACUACGAAUCAGCAUUUGUUGUGGAAAAGCUUAUGGAAGCCGUGAUUCAUGUCGGCAAUAAGACUAGGGGAGUUUACGUUUGGGUUCAUGAGGUGCUUGAUGUGUUGGCCCCUCUUCCUCAAUCGGCCACUGCUUCCCAUGAAGAUCGUGGUAAAGGUUCGUUAAAGGUGUGAUUUACUUUGAGAAGUUGCCUCUAUUUUGCUUUGGGUGUGGUGUGAUUUGCCAUUCUUCUUCUCUCUAUUCUAAGGCCGAUGGCUUCUUGGUAAGAAACUUCCAUAUGGAAAGCAUUUCUAGGAAUUUUAUUUGGGUCCAAAAGUGAAUGAGAUCUGAACCCUCAAGGAAUUUAAUGGUUGUCCCUUUACCCUUCUUAUUCUUCGACUAGAGCCUCAUCUCAUGUCAUUCCUUCUUGCAAGCAUCUUGUUUUGGAAUAAGGGGAGAUCCAAUAAUCUCCUAAGCUUCUGUGUUCGGAUUUUGAAGAUACUCUCACUGUUAUUGAUGCUCAUGUUGUCUCUGUGGAGGACACCGGCCCCUAAUGGUCCCACAAUCAUAUAUGAGUGUUUCGUGUUGAAUUGUCAGGGAUUGGGUAUAGCCUUGGUGUUAUAUGUUUUCUUUAGUAGGUCUCAUAUGCUUGUUUUCCUUUGUGAUACUAAGUGUCAUGAUAAUAAAGUUAAGAAUCUUCUUUGACGAUUAGGUUUCUCUGAGUCUGUCUUAGUCAUUGUGGUCAAUAUUGUGGGGGGUAUGGCGAUGGGCUGGACUCUCUAGGUAUCUUGUACAGUAGUGAACCAGUCAGAGUCUUUUAUGUUUGUGAACUGUAUCCAUCCUAUUUAUGGACCUAUGCUAUUUGUCUUUGUCCAUCUAGAUUGUAAUGAGAGUUUUCGUCUCGCUUAACUUAAUGAAAUUUAUGUUUCCCUCUUAUAGGUUGUUUCUCCCUUUUUUGUUUUCAAUGAUUUUAAUUGCCUCUUAUAUUCUUUAGAGAAGGUGGAUGGUCGAUCCCCUACUCUACAAACUUUAUCUAUGUUGCAUAAUUUUCUUGCUCUCCUUAACUUGAAGGAUCUUUGCUAUCAAGGGUCGCCUUUCACUUAGUCGAAUAUACGCUCUUCAAGUGAUCAUAUCAUGGAGAGACUUGAAUAUGUAUGUUUCGCUUCCCCGUCUGCUCUUUUCUUGUGGGAAGGUGUGAAAUUUAUUCAUCUCUUUGAAUUAGGUUCUGAUCAUAGAAUACUAUUACUACAGUUGCAUCUAUCUGCACCAAGAGCCAAAGCCAACUUUCACUUUGAUUGUUGUUGGAUUGGUAACCUUGAAGCAGAAGGAAUUCUAGAUUCUUAGUGGGGACGUUUAGGCACGAAAACAUUCCAAAUUCAGCUCCAUGAUGUUCUCAAGUCUGCAAGGCACAAGUUUUUUGCAAGGGCCUCUAAAGGAAAUCUAAAUUCUUCUCGGAAUUUCGGGAAAUGCAGGAUGCGAAUUCUACUCUCUAAGAGGAUCCUAGUGGAUUGGAGUGAGAUUGCAUCCCUUAAAAUUCAAUUUUCUUAUUCCUUUUUGCAAGAGGAAAUCUUUUGGCAGCAGAAGUCUCAAAUACAAUGGCUUACUGAAGGAGAUUCAAACACGAGAUGCUUUCAUCUAACGACCUUGAUUAGGCGGCACAAAAAUCGCAUCCUUGUUUUGCAAGAUGAAAUUGGUAUCCUUCAUUAUGAGGAGUCUGCUAAAGGGGUAGUGGUUGUGGUUAUUUUCAACAGUUAUUUACUUCUAAAUGCUUGCAGGUGGGGUCUUUUGUAGAUUAUUUAUAGUUGGCACGGCUCGUAACUCCCUCUACGAAUGCUAUCUUGGUGUCUCUUAUAACCAAUUCUGAAGUUUGAUCUGUUGUUUUCUCUAUUGGUAGGUAUCAUGCUCCAGAUUCGGAUGGCUUUACGCGUUUCUUCUUUCAAUCCUUUUGUAGUCUUGUAGCCUUGUAGGUGAUUCUGUUGUGGCUGCAGUUACAAACAAUUUCCAAUUAAGUAACCUUUUAACUAAUUUUAAGUUCUUAACCACACGUGGAUAACCUUGAUUCCAAAGGUUCCCAAUGCAAAGUCGAUGUGACAAAUGUAACCUAUUAGUAUGUUCCAAGUGCCUUAUAAGAUCAUUUCUAAAAAUCCUUAUUCUUGGUUGCGUGAAGUUUUCCUAAGAUUGUGGGACUGUCCCAAAAUGGAUUUGUCAUAGGUCGUUUGAUUUCUAAUAAUGUUCUGAUUAUUCAGUAAGUUAUGCAUUUUCGGAAAGUGAAAUUCAAGGUCAGGAUAAAUGGAUGGCUCUAAAACAAGAAAUGGAGAAAGCUUGUGAUAAGGUUGAGUGUUUUUUCUAUUUGCUAUUAUGUCUAAGCUGGGUUUUUGUGAUCAAUAUAUGAUUUGGAUGCAGGCUCGUGUAACUACGAUGUCCUCAAUGGCUCUCUACAUGGUUACUUUCACCUAGAACGUGGCUUACAACAAGGAGACCCGAUUUCUCCCCUUCUUUUUUCUCUCUAUACAGAAGGUUUAUCUACCUUCAUUCACCAAGUCGUUCAUGCCAACUUCUUGCAUGGUAAGAAAAUUCAUCAUCAAUGCCCUGCGAUUUUACAUUUUAUUUUUCUGAUGAUUCCUAUCUUUCCUGCAUCCUAGUAUCCCGAAAUGCCAAAAAUUGCUUACUCUUCUAGCUUCUUAUCAGCAGGUUAGUGGGCCAGAAUUCAAUCUCCAAAAGUCUACCGUAUCUUUUAGUGCAUAUGUUACGAAAACCGAUGCCAGUGAUUUCAUAUCUCUCCUAGGGGUAACAUUUAGUGGUCUGUCGAAUCGUUACCUUGGACUUCCGGCUUGAUUUUCCAUGUCAAAGCAGGAAACAUUCCAAUACAUUUAAGACAUCUUAGUUUAUUGUCUUCAGCAAUGAAAGUCCAAAUCUCUUUCCCUUGCUGCCAAGGACGUUGACUAAACCAAUUACAAAUGCUUUGCCUACUUAUACCAUGCUUAGUUUCCUAAUGACGCUUAUUUUAUGUCACAGGCUUAAUGGCCACUUGGCUAGGUUUUGGUGGGCGAUUGGAAGGUAUGAAGUGGGCCUCUUGGUGUUCAAUAUGUUGUCAAACGAUGCAUGGUGGUCUUGGCUUCCGUGACUUUAAUAGUCACAAUAGAGCUCUUCUUUCUAAGCAGAGCUGGCUGUUCUUGGUUCUUGACCGUCUUGAUGGUCGAAAUCUCCUGCUACAAAACCUUCGGUGGCAUGUUGGGUCUGGCUUUUCGGUUCACAUAACUGGAGAUAUUUGGUUACCGACUACCCCACCAUCACGACCAUGGUUGCUACCAAAUUUUAUGCUUCAAUGCUCCCAUGUAUCUUCCUUAAUUGAUCACUCAGAAAGAGCUUGGAGGCUGACUUUACUACAAUCAUUAUUUGAUUCUGCGACCAUUGAGGUGUUCAUCCGGCUGAUUAAAGAGAACAAUUCGGCUCACUCUUUGAGAGGUAAUGCAAAGGUGGUGUUUGACAACAUAUAUGAAGGGUAAUCGGUGAACGCUCGUGGGGUUGCUGUAUUGGAUGAGAUUUGGCUCUUCAUGGUGAGUUUGUGAUAUUUGAUGUUCGGUUUACUGGCCAUGGUAGUAACAGAUCAUUUAGUGGCAUUGAAUUUUUUUGUACACUUCUUUAGUAGGAUUCGAUUUUUAUUCUUGGUUGCUUUCAACCAUGUGACUCUCUUGUAUCUGAUUUUUUUCUCGAUAAUACGAGUGCUUUUUUGAGAAAAUAACCUACUCAUUAAAAUAAAUUAAUUUCCAACUGUCAAAAUCGGGUCGCUCCAUUAGUACGUGACUCGCUCCUACCGUCACUCUAGAAAAUGGCCAAGUGUAACCACCUCCUAAAGCGUAGUAUAGCGGGUUUGGGUUUUAAUGUCAACCCGGGUCCUAGAUGUGAUGACUACUCCGUGAGUUCUUAUUAUUUAGCAUUGAAACUUUAGUGAAGGUCAAAACAAGCAAAGCAAGUAAAAAGGUUGUUUUCAAGUCGAGAGAGGUCACCCGGAUAUGGUUCCCCCUAGAAUGCAGUUAAGCCGGAUUGUAAUUUCCCAAGUUCAAGUUCAAAGAUACUUAUACUGCGGGAGGUUCUUAAACAGUCUGAAGUCUCGACUAAAGGUCUCCAUACCAUCUCAAUCUGAGUCUCCAGCGGGACUAACCUCCACCGGAUUAAACAGAUUGAGGUCCUAACGAACCAAACCUCCACUACCGAAGUAAAUUUGGUACAAAAUAGUGAAUCGACUUCUCGACUAAAGUCGCCAAUUCACUACCUUCAAUCAAGGGUGCUCUAUCAACCUAGGCAGAUAUUCUCUUUCUAGGUUAAAGCAAAAACAACAGGAAUUUGAUCAGGAUUCAUGCCAUUCGACAAAUGAAACCUCAAUUGAACAUAAUCAUAUCAAUGAAUCUGUACUUGGAUUCAUACAAUCAGACCUAACAUACAAAUCUAGGGUUCUUCAUACCCAGGUGAAUAAGAAAGUUACUCCAUAGAGAGAGAUGGAAAAUCUAGCUCAGAUGCGGAAACCAUACUGUGAAGGAUGGGAAUCUGCUUCUGGCACUCAAUCAGGUGUUCUCCAAGCUUAAGUCGGGCUCCAAUGGUGAUGGAGAUCGAUCAAGGACACUUGCAGAGUCAGGUUCGUCACUUUCUCUCUCUCUAGGUAUCGCUUUUUCUCUCUAAAACUCGGAACCCCCCACUCCUUUGGCUGGAAAUUGGGUUAAAACCCAAAAAUUCCUGAUCACACGGCCGUGUGACUUUCCCAGCUGCCCGUGUGAGUUGUGCAAAACGCGGCGUUUCGAUAAGUGGACUUCAACCAUCCUACACGGCCACAACCACACGGCCGUGUGGAUUUCCAGGCUGCCCGUGUGAGUUCCCUGGAAUUUCCACACGGCCACAAGGGGUCACCUACAUGGCCCGUGUGAUUUUGCCCGUGCAAUUUGAUGUCACACGGCCAGGUCACACGGUCGUGUAGGUUUUUAGGCGUGCCUGUGUGGCUCCAUCAGCUUCUCGCCAAAUGUCCAAUCUUCGUCCAAUCGACCCCGAACUCGUUCCCAAGCCUUCAUUCACAUACUAGGACCUAAAAUAUCACAAUCAAUGGUCUAUCAAAUUCCCCCACAUUUAAUCGUUUGCUUGUCCCCAAGUAAACCUAACUCAAACCAAUGCAAGUCUUCAUACCUCUAUAGCAACAAAAAACCCCGAUCGUCGGUAGAGGAUUUCCUAGAUCAUAUAGCAGCUUACGAGGUCAAAUGGUCUUCUAAGACGUUCCCUAUCUCUCUCAAUGCGAGUACUAGACUCAAACCAGGAUCAUGAGAAGAAGUGGAAGUAAGACAGUUAUUUAAUGGAUAAAGGGACUCACACCAU